CAUACACACAAGUGUAGCGGUUCAUGCACAAUUUGUCGUCACUUGCGGCGACGAUGACUUAAUUUGUUUAGCAGCAGCCCACAAUUAUAGCAGCUGAGUCCCAGAGCUGACCAAAGAGUCAGCCUCUGCGGCCGUCGGCUGCUCAUUCGCACUCUGAGCAGCGCUGCGUCCACACAUACACAUAUAUGUAGGCACGUUCUCCAGCACGAACAUGGAUAUGGACAUGGAUAUGGGCAUGAAUUUGGGCAUGGACAUGGCCAUGGAGAGGGAUAUCAACAUUAAUAUCAACAUCAAUGCAAGCGAGACCCUUGAGCUCUCAACCUACCUCCUGUCCUCGUUUGCCAGCGCCGACAGCAAUGGCAGUGGCAGCAACUUUGGCGCCGAUUCCGAGGACUCGCUCAUUGGCCAAACGCGCAGGCAAGCACCGCCUAGACAGAAGAUUAAUGCACGGGAACGCCAUCGCACUUUCAACGUGAAUGCUGCAUAUGAGGCGCUGCGCGGCUUGAUCCCCACGGAACCCGUUAAUCGCAAACUGUCCAAAAUCGAAAUAAUACACUUGGCCAGCAGCUAUAUAACGCACCUACGGAGCACAUUGCACGCAGGAACCGAUAGGCAGCCCUGUUUGCGCCAGAAGUGGGAGCACAAGUGCGACAACGACGGCAACAGAGCUGCGGAGCGUGUUAACAUUUGCACAUUUUGCAUGCGACCAAAGUUUUCACCACCUACGAGAAAUGUAAAAUAG